AUGUCAACUUGGCAGCAACAUGCACAAUCUACUACAACAACAAAUAAUACGAAUCAAUCUGGAGUUAAUUACAAUACAAAUAAUGGAGCGAAAUCGGUUGAAACAUUAGAGGAAUUGGGAGAAAUCAACCAUACAACAGUACUUUCGGGUGAUUUUGGUAAAUUAUAUAAUCAAUCUGAUUAUAGUGAUAUCGAAUUAGUUAUUGAAUCCGAACAUUUUUAUGCUCAUCGUAUUAUUCUUGCUGCACGUUCGGAAUAUUUUCGAGCAUUACUUUACGGUGGUUUACGUGAAUCUCAACAUGAUAAUAAUACAAUAGAAAUAAAAGAAUGUAAAGCAGGUGCAUUUAAAAUUCUUUUACUUUAUAUUUACACCGGACAAAUUAGUUUAAAACAAGAAAAAGAAGAUGUUUUAAUUGAUUUACUUAGUCUUGUACAUCAAUAUGGAUUUGAACAACUUGAAAAUAGUUUAUCAAUAUAUUUAAAAUCAAUUUUAUCAUUAAAUAAUGUUUGCCUUAUCUAUGAUACAGCUUGUCUUUUUGAAUUAAAUGCUCUUAAAAUACAUUGUGCUCAAUUUAUUGAUAAUUAUGCAACAGAAAUAAUAAAAACAAGUGAAUUUCUAGCAUUAUCAUCUGAAGCCUUUUCAUCAAUUAUUUCUCGUGAUUCAUUUCAUUGUCCUGAAAUUGAAAUAUUUCAUGCUGUUAAAAAUUGGCAUGAAUAUCAUUAUCGUGAUCAAAAUGAAAAUUGUCCACCAUUUGAUAAUAUUGUAUCCAAAGUUCGAUUAACAUUAAUGUCAAUGAGUGAAUUAUUAAAGAUUGUACGUUAUUCGAAUUUAUUUGAUUUAAAUCAUAUUAUGGAUGCUAUUGAUGCUAUUCAUCUUGAAACAAAUACAGCAUCUGAUAUAAAUAAUGAUAAUCGAAAUAAAAAUUAUCGAGGGCGAUUAAGAUUGAAUGAAAAUGUUGCUACAAAAGCAUAUCUUGCUCAAGUAAUCACAGGAGAAAUGAAACAUACUUUAUUGGAUGGUGAUGCUAUCAAUUACGAUCUAGAUCGUGGUUAUACAAGACAUUUAAUCGAUGAUACACAUAAUAUUUGUAUUAAAUUAGAUGGACCAUCAAUAAUCAAUCAUAUUAAAUUACUUCUUUGGGACAAGGAUACUCGUGCCUAUUCGUAUUAUAUCGAAGUAUCAGUAGAUAAUAUAAAUUGGACGAAAGUUAUUGACUAUCGUCCAUAUUUAUGUCGAUCAUGGCAAAAAUUAUACUUUCCUCCAAUUGUAGCUACAUAUAUUCGUGUUGUUGGUACAUAUAAUACUGUAAAUAAGGUCUUUCAUCUUGUUUCAAUGGAAGUUUUUUAUAUGCAAAAACAAUUUGCACUUAUUGGAGAUAUUCAUGUUCCAAUUGAAAAUAUGGCUACAAUAGAAGGUAGUGCUGUUGUAUCUGAAGGAGUUAGUCGUAUGAGAAAUGCACUUAUUAAUGGAGAUUAUCAAUCAUAUGAUUGGGAUUCAGGUUAUACAUGUCAUCAAAUUGGUUCAGGUGGAAUUAUUAUUCAAUUAUGUCAACCAUAUAUUGUCAGUUCGAUGAGAUUAUUAUUAUGGGAUUGUGAUAAUCGUUCGUAUUCCUAUUAUAUUGAGACAUCAUAUGAUAAUGUAACAUGGACAAAAGUUGUCGAUAAAAGAACAAGUGCUUGCCGAUCAUGGCAAAUCUUAACAUUUGCACCUCGUAUUGUUACUUUUAUACGAAUAUGUGGUACACAUAAUACUGCUAAUGAAGUAUUUCAUUGUGUUCAUUUUGAAUGUCCAUGUCAACCUGAUGCACUUAAAUCACAUAUGAAUGAACAAACGUCAAUUUCAACAGAUAAUGAAAAAGAAGAGAAUAGUAUUGAGUAUGAAGAAUUUUAUAAACAUUAUGAACCUUUAUUUGAUUCAACAAAUAAUACGAAUGUAUCUUCAAUGAUUGAUAAUAAGACAUUGAUACAAACACAUACAAUAUUACCAUUUAUGAUCAAAUCUAAAUCAGCAGCUAUUUAUCCUAUCGAACAAGAGAAUGAUGAGAAAAACGAAUAA